UCUUACGUUGGUUCUUAAAUUGGUCCACGAUUAUGAGCGUCAGUUUAGAUGUGUGCUAUAAUUAUUAUCACUCACACUUGUAGUAAGAUCGUACGAUAUAGUGGAGCCAAUAGGCGAGAGCGGCGUGGUGGGCUCGGCUCCCCACCACGCACCAUCGGAAUGUACGAUUGCACAGGUAAAAUUAAACACGUUUUGAGGGCGCUAAUGUCCAAGGCCAUUGUCAAGAUAUGGAGAAAGGAGUCGUUGAAGCAAUCCAGUCUAACUGUGACAUCUGUAUCAACAUUUAAACGUCAUUCAAUAGAACUAAAAAAAUUGGGGGCGUUAACGUUUAAUCAUACGAUACGACGAUAAAAUAAUACCCACAUAUUACGAAAUAGAUACCAAGUUAAAAAUGUUCAUCUGUUACAGAUGUAUCAACGACGUUUACUUUUAGGAACGUGACGAUAUAGAUAGUACUAUUUACCAUAGAUAAGAAGUAAGAUAGAAAGGUAGGGUAGUUGUAGUAGUUGAAAUAAGAAUAAAAAAUUCCAAUCACUUGGAAGUCAUAGAAAUGUUCGUGGCCGAUGCAUGAACGACGACCGUUCGUCCGUGACUUUCGCGUGCAAGUCGUUUAUUCACAGAUAACCUCGUAUCUAUUCGUUCAAAUAUAAACAAUGGAGUAUAUAAUACUACAACUACAUUAUAACAUUGUAUCUAUUACUUAAACCAUUUCACAGUUCACAUUUACAAUGAGUGUUUAUUCUGUUAUAUGUAAAAUUCUGACCAGACGUGAGCUGAAAUUUAUGCUCUGAAAGAGAAUUGCAAUAAGGAAGAGGAUUUGCUGCAGAGAUGCUCAAUGGCAUUGCCGGUUCUAAGUUCACCGGAGAUAUCGUUUGCUCUCACAAGAGAAGAAUUAGACAAGAGUUGUGUAGAACUUCGAGCUGGUAUCAAAUGUAUAGACAAUUACACAGCAGUAUGUAUGGAGAAAAACGAACAGGUUGUAUUCAGGCGGAUAUACGCUGGUAUAACAGACGUGGUUCAGGAGUUAUGCGCACGAGGACCUUACCAAGAUGAGUACUUGAGGCAUGCGGAUUGCGUAAAGAACGUACGGUCCGAGUACGAAGUUUGUAGCAAGAAGUAUGAGGUCACAUUAACCACGCUAAGCAGUCAUAAGAACGAACAGUAUCACACGGAUAACAACGAAAUGGUGGACCAUGAACACCAUCUGAGGACUGUCUGUUGUUCAUUCCAAGAGUACCUGAUGUGCUCGGAGCAGACGGUGCAGCGAUCGUGCGGUGAUGAGGCCGCUUUGUUCACCAGCGCUUUCCUGAAAAGAAUGGCUUCCAAUAUUAUCAAGAACUUCUGCCUUGAAUACCGCGGUAGGGAAUGUGGGUUGGCAGGUAAAGCGGACAGUCACACUACAUCGCCGAUAAUUCUUGCGAUUUUGGUACAAAUCGCGUAUAUAACUGGAAAUUUAGUACCUGCGUAGUUACCUUAGUUUAUUUAGGUGGAAGACAUUAAAUUAGAACGUCGGUAGAAUCGCGGUCGUGUCCGAAGUUCGGGAAUAGUGCAGCGUUUAGUGCACUGUAAAUAUUUUAUCAGCCUAGUGACUAAAUUCUGAGUAAGAUCCUAUCCUAUCGUAGUCACUGAAUACACUUGGUAUAAGUAAUCUUAUAUAAUGUUAAAUCAAGUUAUAUUUGUUGUUGAUCUCGGAAGCCUUCAAUUUGUAGUUACUUUUUAAACAACUUCAUUAUAUUCUUUUAGCAAGAGAAAAAUAAGAUAUUAAGUGACCACCGGUUUUAAUAUAGGCAAAAAGAGAGUUAUUUUGGUAUGGUUUAGACGCGGGUUGUGGAAUAAUAAAUCAAUUGGUUGAAAUAAAUUAUAAGACAUGUAUUUUAUUCCUAUAGUAAUUUAUUCUUUGUUGAAUCUGUCGUUCAAAGAGAUUGUAAUGAAUAGUGAAGUGUAAUUAGUUUCCUGUGUAAAAAUAGAUUCACAUUCUGUUGCUGAGAUAUUUCGUCGGACGAAUGAAUGCAUGUGCAUGAAAUGUAAGAAUAGAUCUAUGUUAUGUUUUAUUUUUCUUAGGGCCUGUCCCACUAAAUUAUAAAUUGUCUGAUAACAACGUGUAAAAUAUGUGAU